AUGGCUACAACUAACAUCCCCUCCAUUACCGUGGUGGCUUCUUCCCGUGCGGUUAUCUCCGGCCGUUUGACCUCUGCUACGGUGGUUAUCUCCCGUACGACUGGCAAGAUUACCGCCGUCUUUGACUCUAUUAUCCCCGCUGCGGAAUUCCCCGAGGGUACCCCGUAUACCGAUUACUCGCCGUAUGUGCUCUUGCCGGGUCUGGUCGAUGCUCACGUUCACCUGAAUGAGCCUGGCCGUACCGAAUGGGAGGGCUUCUAUACCGGCACCCAGGCUGCGGCCUUUGGCGGUGUGACCACCGUUAUUGAUAUGCCUCUGAAUGCUAUCCCCCCGACUACCACUGUGGCCAACUUUAAGGAGAAGCUCGCUGCUGCCCAAGGCAAGUGCUGGGUUGAUGUUGGCUUCUAUGGCGGUAUCAUCCCCGGUAAUGCCGGUGAUCUCAAGAGUCUGGUCCAGGAGGGUGUUCGCGGAUUCAAGGGUUUCUUGAUUGACAGUGGUGUUGACGAGUUCCCCGCUGUGGGCCAAGAGGAUAUUCAAAAGGCCAUGGCUGAACUGGCAGAUGAACCCACCACCCUCAUGUUCCACGCCGAGAUGGUUCCCCCCAUCACUGCCUCGGUUGGUGACGAUGUCCAGGCUUCCGAGCCCCCAGCGGCCCCAACUGGUCCUCUCGAGGCCUACUCGACUUUCCUGGCUUCCCGCCCCUCGGCCUUUGAGACUUGCGCCAUCGAGAGCAUCCUGUCCAUGGCCCACCUUGCUCCUAACCUCCAAUUGCACAUCGUCCACUUGUCUGCCAUGGAAGGUAUCCCCCUCUUGCGGGAAGCCCGCGCCAAGGGCAUCAAGAUCACCGCCGAGACCUGCUUCCACUACCUCUCCCUAGCCGCCGAGGAGAUCCGUGACGGUGAUACCCGCCACAAGUGCUGCCCGCCUAUCCGCUCCAAGCUGAACCAGGACGGUCUCUGGCAGGAGCUGGAGAAGCACAGCAGCGACGGUGUCAUUCAGACCGUCGUCUCGGAUCACUCUCCCUGCACCCCCAACUUGAAGCUGCUCCCCGCCCAUGUUCCCGGAUCCUGCUCCACCAACGGUGCCGUCGUCGAAGACACUGGCAACUUCUUCUCCGCCUGGGGUGGUAUCUCCUCCGUUGGAAUGGGCCUGCCCAUCCUCUGGACCGAGCUCAGCCGUCGCAAGGGCCUGACCCCCUCCGCCGAUGACGAGAACACCAAGAAGGCCCUGCAAGACAUCGUCCGUCUCUGCUGCGCCAACACUGCUGCCCAGGUCGGUCUGCAGACUCGCAAGGGUGAUCUGCGUGUCGGCUUCGACGCUGAUAUCUGUGUCUUCGAUGACUCUGCCGAGUGGGUCGUCGAGCCUAGCACCAUGCUCUUCCGCAACAAGUGCUCCCCCUACCAGGGCCGCACUCUGCGUGGUAUGGUCCGCGAGACUUGGUUGCGUGGUGAGCGUGUUUUCAGCCGUGACGCGGGCUUUGACACCAAGGAACCUACCGGCAAGCUGCUCCUCGAGAAGCGGGUUUAA